AGGUCGAUUGUCAAAACUGUCAAACUUACAGCCAUGUGGUAUUGUAAUUUAUGAAUAUUUCAAAGUUUUAGCCAAAAGUAUUCUAUUAAAUGGUGCACAGCGACGAUGGAUUACGUUGUAGGCAAUGUAGCUGCCUUAAUAGCCGGUAAUGUUACACCAAACCGCCCUAAACUCUCCAAAAGAGCUUUAACUCCGAUAAAGCAUAUGCCUUCACCGAACGUAACACCUAAAAGCGAAUUAGUUGACGAUAGAUCCAUAUUCCUGUCGCCUUCGGUACAGAAAAAGAAGGCUAUAGUCAAGAAGAGUCCUAAGAGAAUAUUCCAGAAUCCAGAUUUGGAUGUAACCAACGAAAACGAAGGUAAUACUAGUACUAGCAGCCCUAAGGCAGAUAAAGUGAAGAAACACUUAAAAGGUGAGUUAGAAGCUACUGUUAGCCCUAAAAAUAGUUCUAAAGCAGCUAAGACACCUGAGGCUAAGCAACAGGAAUCACCAUCGCCUAAGAAAAAGGCUGUAAACGGCGAUAUGAAUAAUUUGGCUGAAGAUAAUGUUAGUCCUAAGGAAUCGACGCCUAAAAAGAACAAAAAGAAACGUAAUUCUAUUGCAGAGAAUAGUCAAAUUGUCACUGAAAGUAUAGAAACAAAUCAGUCUGAAGGAACACCUAAGAAAAAGAAAAAGAAAAGAAAUUCCAUUUCAGAGAUCAGUCAAAAUGUUGGGUCACCGAAAAAGAAUAAAAACCAAAAUAACAAAAAUAUAAAUGAAGAUACAGAAAGUGUUAAAACUCCAAAAAAGAAAAAGAAUAAGACAAAAGCACAAAACACAGAACCCGAAGAAAGUGAAGUUGCUGUAAAUGAUGUAAAUAGUGAACCCAAUGAAACUGAAGCAGCCACUCCCAAAAAGAAGAAUAAAAAACGCAAGAAACAAAUAACUGAUGAAAAUUCAGAAGAGAAAAACAGUAAACCUAAAAAAAAUAAAAAGAUAAAAGUGAAUCCAAAUGCCAUAACAGACAAAGAUUCAGAUUCCGAGCAUGAAUCAGAUAACGAAAUUGAAUCAGAAACCGAGGAAAAUAAUAAAGAAGUGCUGGAAAAGUCAGCAGAACCGGAAGAACCAAGUUCUGACGAAGAAGAUACUCCUUCACCAAAGAAAAAAGAGAAAGUAGAAAGUCAAGAGACAGAGAAAGUAAGAGAGAUAAAUACGGAGGAAGAAGUCAAGAGGACAUUGUUUGUAGGCAAUGUGCCGUUUAGCAAGAAGUGUAAAAAGGAGAUUAAGAAGAUUUUCAGUAAAUACGGACAGAUUGAAAGUGUUAGGAUCCGCACAGUCCCAGUGAAAGAUCCCAGUGUGACUCCGAAACUAGCUGUGAUCAAGCAGGAGCUCCAUCCGGAGAGGAGCACCGUCAAUGUCUAUGUCAAGUUCUCCGACCCACAGUGCGUUGAACAAGCGUUAGCAGAAAACAACACAGUCCUAAAUAACAACCACCUCCGCGUGACCCGGAGCGGCAGCACCGGAGCCGAGCAUGACCCGAGACACUCCGUGUUCGUGGGGAAUAUACCCUUCGCUUUGGAAGACGAAGGAUUACGGGAGAAAUUUGAGAAGUGUGGGGAGAUAGAGUCAGUUAGGAUAGUACGGGACAAGAAGACUAAUGCAGGAAAAGGUUUCGGCUACGUCAACUUCACAUCGCGAGACGGUGUGGAACUAGCACUCGCAUUGACUGAUGAAGACCUUACAAUCAAAAACAGAAUCAUGCGAGUCAAGAGAUGCACGCAAGUCACGCAGCGGCAGGCGCAGAAGGGGAAUAACAGGCCAGGCUUCCAAGGAAAGAAAAUCAGUCAAGGCGACAGGCAAAGAAACCAAACUGCAGGCAAAUUCAACCAAGGACGGAACCCCGGGAAAUUCCAGGGAAACAGGGAUGGGAAUUUUCAAGGGAAUAGAGGGAAUUUCCAAAACAGAGGUGGGAAUUUCAAGAAGGGAGGAAAUUUCCAAGGAAGGGCUGGAAAUAGUUUUGGAAGACAGAAUGAUGGUGAUAAGCCGGAUGGGGCUCAGAGAAGGUUGCUUAAUAAGAGAAAGAGUCAGGAGGGUGGUGACGACCAGCCGCGGGAGAAGAAAGCCAGGAAGGAGUUUGUAGGCAUGACAGCUGAGAAAAAGAAGAAACGCAAGUUUGACAAGGGCCAGAAGAAGAAGAAGGCACUAAGCGAGAUUUUAACGAAGUAAUUUUAAAUUGUGACAAUUCCAUGUUAUGUUGUGUCAA